GUGCAAUUUUUUCAUUUUUAUUCCCCGACUCCCUCUCCAAAGCGUUCCGGGAGCUGCUUCUCACCUACUCCUUAACCUUUUAUUUAUUUAAUUUAUUUAUUCAUACUCAUACAAUAACAAAUUAGGGAGGGAUUGAAAUAAUAAUAAUAUAAUAAUAAUAAUAAUCGAUGGGAGAAAAAGAAGAAGUGAAAGGAGGAGGAGGAGGAGGAGGAAACCCUAAUUACACCAACAAUGACAACAACAGUAAUAAUAAUAAUAAUAAUGAAAAAGAUAAAAGUAGCAGUAAUAAUUUACACAAGUUACUGAAUGAAAAAGGAGCAGCAGCUACAAAAGGUAAAUCAUGUAAAGGAUGUUUAUAUUAUUCAUCAACUCUCAAAUCCAAUUCUCGCAAUCCGGUUUGCGUCGGUUUCACCCGUUCCCUUCCCAAAGUACCUCGCUACUAUGUUGGAGAAUCCGAGAUGGAAGCUUCAAAGGAGGGUAGGAGUCUUGCUGAUUUCAGAUAUGGUUGUGUUGGUUAUUCCGUUUAUUCAGAUAUGAAAAGUCAACCUGGCAAUGAAGAUACACAAAAGGAGUUGCCAGUUUGUGUUGGUAUCGAGGUUUUGGUGGACAGAAAACCUACUAAUGCUAUCUCUGCUCCGACGCAUGCUCAUAGCAAAGAUAACCAUGCAAUUCCACAACCACGAGUAAACAAGCCGACUCAAUCUGCAUCGGAUGAUUUCUUUAGCAGAUUUACUAGAAAUGCAAAUGUAGUUGCAUCAGGAGUAGCAAAGAAUGUGCGCAAAGUUGGCAAUCAAAUAAAGGAUAGCGUCGAGGACGUUUUGUAUCCUUAUCGAAGACGGCCAAAAUAAGGAUUGACUCGAUAAAGAUCUAGGAAUGGACAUUCUUUAUCCAUACCAAAGAACAGAAAAAUCAAGUUUACAAUCGAUCUUGUGACAUUAAAAGUGGCAAAAAAGAGAAGAACAUCAAGAAUCAUCAAGACUCUAACUUUAAGGAUGCAAGAAUUUUCAUUUUUUCUUAUAAAAGAUGUUUUAAAACUGAAUUCUGGAAGUCCUUGAUGAUUUAGGCCGCGGUCAGUACUAUGUUAGCACACACAAAGAUAAGUGCAGAAUGAGUUGUGUAUUUUACUUUUGCCCUGUAUACUUUGACAUGAGAUUCUUUGAAAACCAGACAAGAAUAAUUGUUUUUUGUUUUUUUUUUAACAGACAAAAAUAAUUGUUACUAGUUUGUGGAAUGAAUCUGUUUGAUUGCAAAACAAAUGUUAUUUUAGUUU